AUGGGCUGCUCGUCAAGUGUGCCGGAGGAGGCGAAGGUGUCAGCAAGCGUGGACCAGCAGCUUGGUGAGUACAACAAGAUGAGAGCGGAGAACAGCCGAAAUCACUUCAAGAUCCUUCUGCUUGGGGCGGGGGAGUCGGGGAAGAGUACCGUUCUCAAGCAAGUGAAGAUGAUCUACAGGGGACGUAUAGCGGACGACGACCUACAGCAGUGCGUCAUGGCCAUCCGAAAGAACUCCAUCGAGUGUAUGCAAGGGGUGCUCAGGGCCAUGGACACCUUCGAGAUCACCCUUGGCUUGGCGGAAAACGCCCCGCGAAAGAAGCGUGUCCGAGAGUUUGCGGAGGAGGGGGUGUUUACUCCGGCGGUUGCCGACGACAUCGCCUCCUUGUGGGCAGACCCGGGUGUCAGGGAAGCCUACGGUCGCCAAAGCGAGUACUGGCUGCUUGACGGGGCGAGCUACUACUUCGACAACGCCCUGAGGUUGGGCCAGGCGGACUUCGUCCCCACAGACGAAGACGUGAUCAUGACGCGCAUCAGGACCACGGGAAUCGACACCACGGAUUUCACGGAGCCCCCGUACAUGUACUCGGUGGUGGACGUGGGGGGCCAGAGGAACGAGAGGAGAAAGUGGAUCCACUGCUUCGACAACGUUCGGUGUGUGGUGUUCCUGGUAGGCUUGAACGGGUACGACCAGCGUCUGUUUGAGGACAGCAGCAUCAACAAGAUGCGGGAAAGCCUCAACCUCUUCCGGCAGGUGGUGAGCAACCCUAUUUUCCGCUCCACGCCGAUCUUCCUGUUCCUGAACAAGAAGGACCUGUUCGAGACGAUGGUGAAGAACACGCCUCUUUCCGUUUGUUUUCCCGAGUUCCCCGGACCGGAGAACGACGUGCACGCCGCCCUUGAGUACGUGCAGGCCGAGUAUAGCAAGAUUCUGGAGGAGGCGGUGCCCGGGAAGGAGCUGCACGCGCACGUCGUGGCGGCGAGGGUCCGCAUGGACAUGAAGGUCGCAUGGGGCGACGUCAAGGAGCAGCUAAAAAGGAUGAACUCGCGAAAAAAAAUGGGCAAGUCCGGCGCGAUUUCGACGCCUAAGUUGUGA